GUGUUAUAUUAUCUGGCAGUUGUUUUCCGGAACCAAACGGUGGCGCUGUAGCACUAAUGUACUCUGAACGUCGGGAUAAGACGUUAUCAUUGGAGCUUAUUCGUAGGAUGUCAGGGCGGCUCUGUGGUGCUGCGAGGAAUUACAGAAAGCGUAGAAGCGAUUUCAGGUUUUUUCCUGGAUUUAGGUAUUUUCCUGCUUGUAAAAGGUUUGGAGAGAGACUUUUGAGGAAAACAAAAUCAUCAACAGCACCAAGCUUUCUUUCAUCAGUUUGAAAGCUAGCGCAUUUCGAAGCAAUGGUUCGCGCAAUAACAAAGGGAGAGAGGUAUGUCCAGCUCCUCUUUAUUAUUUUUACCUUCGCCCGGAACAUAUCGACGGCAGUGACUCAUUAUUCUAUACCAGAAGAAAUGAAAGAGGGAUCGGUUGUUGCCAAUCUUGCUUCAGAUCUUAGCCUGGACGUGGCCACACUGAAUCGAAGAAGAAUGCGAGUUGAUAUCAUCGCUAACAAGAAAUAUCUGGAUGUGAACAAAGAGACCGGGGAGCUGUAUAUUGUGGAAAAAAUUGACAGGGAACUCAUUUGUCCCACAAAAUCUUCAGCGCCUUGCUACCUACGAUUAGAAAUAAUCCUAGAAAAUCCAGUGCGAAUUUUCAACAUAGAAGUAGAGAUUUUGGAUAUGAAUGACAACGCACCACAAUUUCGAAGAGACGUCAUACAUUUAGACAUAUCUGAGGCUACGCCUAAAGGAGAGCGAUUUUCGCUCAGUAAUGCAGCUGAUCCUGAUGUUGGAGCAAAUUCGUUGAAGACGUACGAGCUCAGUGAAAGCGAACAUUUUAAUAUUGAGGUUCAAACGGGGAGAGACGGGUCAAAAUUUGCAGAUUUGAUCCUUAAAAAACCAUUAGAUCGGGAGAAGCAGGCGGCUCAUAAUCUAAUGCUGACAGCCAUAGAUGGGGGAACACCUGCUCGAUCUGGCACCGCGAGUGUUAUUAUUCGCGUUUUAGAUACGAAUGAUAAUGCGCCCACAUUUGACAAACCCAGUUAUAAUGUAAAAUUUUUUGAAAAUGACCCAAUUGGAAGCCUUGUUGUUCAUGUUAAGGCAGUAGAUUUAGAUGAAGGUUCAAAUUCUGAAGUAACAUACUCAUAUAGUCUUUAUACAUCAGAAAAAACGCAAGAAACAUUUAAUCUUAAUCCAACAACAGGUGAAGUUACUGUAAAAGGAAUGCUCAACUAUGAAGAUUUUAGGAUUUAUGACAUGGAAGUCAUAGCAACAGAUAAAGGAGUGAAUAGUUUAUCAGGACAAUGUACAAUAAAGAUCCUAGUUGAAGACAUGAAUGACAACCACCCAGAAAUAUCAAUUAAAUCCUUUCAGAGUCCAGUCAGUGAGAACAUAGAGUUAGACACAGUGAUAGCUGUAGUUAGUGUGAGUGAUAAAGACUCAGGUGAUAAUGGACAGGUUGAUCUUCAUAUUCCAGAGAACAUGCCUUUCAAACUGAGGGAGUCCUCUGAUAACUAUUAUGAGUUAGUGGUGUCAGAGCCAUUAGACAGAGAGAAGGUCCCAGAAUAUGAAAUCACCUUCACUGUCACAGACAGAGGGUCUCCUCCACUAUCUGACAAUGAAACUAUGACUUUGGAGCUGCUGGAUGUUAAUGACAAUGUUCCUCAGUUCUCCCAGUCAUUUUAUACCAUACGUGUUGUGGAGAAUAACGCACCUGGCUCCUUGCUCAGCUCACUCACUGCAUUUGAUCCUGACCUCCAUGAAAACCAGUAUCUAGUUUAUUUCAUCAUAGAGAAGGAGAUUGCCAACACCUCCAUGUCUAUGCUGUUCUCCAUCAAUCCAGAGAACGGGAAUCUUUAUGCACUGAAAACCUUUGACUAUGAAAUUGAGAAGGAGUUUCUUUUCCACAUUGAGGCCAGAGACUCUGGUUCUCCUCCUCUCAGCAGUAAUGUGACCGUCCACAUCAUCAUUGUUGACCAAAAUGACAACGCUCCAGUUAUUGUCUCUCCUUGGCGCGCUCACGGCUCAGUGGUGGAGGAGAAGAUCCCCAGAUCCACUGAUAAAGGAUCCCUGGUGGCUAAAGUGAUCGCCUUAGACACAGACUCUGUGCACAACUCUCGGAUUACCUACCAGUUUCUCCAGGUGACUGAUGCUUCCUUGUUCAGCUUGGACCAAUACAAUGGAGAGAUCAGGACUAUAAGGAUGUUCAGUUACAAAGACUCACGCCACCACAGACUGGUUGUUGUUGCCAAGGACAACGGGCAACCUGCUCUCUCUGCUACAGUCACCAUCAAGCUGCUGACAGUGGAGACUGAUGUUAAGGCCUACUCUGACAUGACUGAGAUGCCUCUGGAAUACGACAUCUUUUCAGACAUCAACCUGUAUCUGGUCAUCGGUCUGGCCUCGGUGUCAUUUCUCCUGCUCAUCACCAUCCUGGUCACCAUCGUGUUGAAGUGUCAGAAACCCAAACACAGCAAAACUGCUCCUCCCAGCAGGAACAGUGUGAUCAGUGAGAGGAACUCCACCAUCGCAGACUCCACUCUGGUCUCCAACGAUGCCUACUGGUACAGUCUGUUUCUAGCAGAGACCAGGAAAGGAAAGCUGGUGGUCAGACAGCCUGUGCCAAAGGGCUCCAGAUACAUCGUGUCCAGCAUCCCGAGAGGGACAGGACUGUCAGAGACUAGUGACUCAGCUGCUUCUACUCUGCAGGUGAGAGACAUGAUGUAACUAAUAACUUGUACUCUCAAGACAUGUAUCAUUAAUUUAACAGAGAUUAACACAUUCCUACUGAUUACACAUACUAAUUUCAUAAA